GACUUGAACAUAAACCACACGGUAAACCUCGGCAUUUUUUAUUUUAUUUUUAAUUUGCUAAAAUUUCAAGCAAUUGGCCGGAUCUAAAUCCCAUCAUCCAAUUCCCAAUUAUAAUCGCCCAAACGAAUACCGCGCCGCUCGCCACAUGAUAUUAGUUGACAUCUCUCAGGUCUCACCACUAUGUAUCGUAUAUUCAUCCCAUCACUCGUUCAUUUUCCUUGACAAACACAAAAAUUAGAGAGGGGGAGAGAGCGCCGAAAAAUGAUAAUACUACGAUGAACUCAAUGCAGUUUCAAACAUCAAAAUAGAUUCUUUCUUCUUCUUCUUCUCUUUCUCUGUUCUUUAUAAUAGAAACAGCAAUUUAGGGUUUGUUUGUUCUUUUUUCGGCGGAGGAGAGGCGAAGAAAUGCCGUUGACUAGGUACCAGAUUAGGAACGAGUUCAGCUUGGCCGAUCCGGAGCUAUAUAGAGCUGCCGACAAGGAUGAUCCCGAGGCUUUACUUGAAGGCGUAGCUAUGUCUGGCCUUGUUGGUGUUUUACGCCAGCUCGGUGAUCUCGCCGAGUUUGCUGCCGAGAUAUUCCACAACUUGCAUGAGGAGGUAAUGGUAACUGCUGCGAGAGGCCAUGCUCUAAUGGGCCGAGUUAAACAACUUGAAGCAGAAUUCCCUUCCAUCGAGAAGGCAUUUUUAUCACAAACAAAUCAUUCAUUUUUCUUUACUAAUGCAGGUGUUGACUGGCAUCCUAAUCUGCGAACUGAACAUAAUCUGAUCACUAGUGGAGACUUACCUCGCUGUGUGCUGGAUUCUUAUGAGGAAUGUAGGGGUCCACCACGUUUGUUUCUUUUGGACAAAUUUGAUGUUGCGGGUGCUGGGGCGUGUUUAAAGCGUUACACCGAUCCAUCAUUCUUUAAAGCAGAAUCAGAUUUACCUGGAAUUGCACCAUUAGAAGUUCAGAGAGAAAAGAAAGCACGUAAAGUGAAGAAGAAAGGAUCACGCUGGAGGAAUGGAGAGACUCCAGAUUUUGCACAAGCAUCACAUGCGAAAUUGCAUGAGCUGUUUUUGGAGGAGCGUAUUGAGAAUGCUUACAAUGACCCUGCCCGUCUUGUAAAACUGAAAAGAAGGCAAUUGAAUGAAUCUCCACUUGACUCAAAAUCGGGGAAAAGUUACAUGGAGAAAUUCCUGGAGACUCCACCAGCACAAACUAAAGCAGUUUAUGAGAUCUCUGGUACUCCACCUCUGAGGUUGACAUUGGAUAAUUCUAGUGAUUCGGGGCCCGAAACACUUGAUAUUAGCACGGUGAGUCCCGUAAAAUUUUCUUCACAAGGAAAGGAAACCUCAAGUUCUGUAUCUACUGUACAUGAAAUUGUCCUGAAACCAUCCAUUGAAGGGUUGAAUGGAGAAGUCAUUGAUAGAGAUAUUAUGAAGGGGCCUGAACCAACAGUUAAAUUCAAAGUUAGAAUCCCCCCUUCCCUUCUUGAAGUAACAACUGAAGAGGAGAUAAUGGUAAAUGGAGAAGGCAUAGAAGAAUGCAAUAUAUAUGGGGACCAUUCCGAUGACAUGACCAGUGAGGCUGACAAGUACAUCGAUGCACUUACUACAAUGGAGUCUGAAAGGGAUACAGACAAUGAUUAUAGACCUAAGAAUGAUAUUGGCUUCAUGGAUAUUGGGACGUAUCAAACAGGUUCUCAUGCAAACGAGGAAAAGCUUGGGGUCCAAGGCCAUUCAUCAGAUUCUCAAUCGGAUAGGAUCUCCUUUGUGUCUGAUGAUGGAAAUAGCUCUAUGAAGAAAGGAAGAUCUAGUUCUAACUACUCUGAUACUAUCGACAGUCUGGCUAAAGAUAUGCUGUCAGAUGGUGAAUUAGCAGUUGAAGUGUUCUCUUCUGAUAGAAACUGUGUUGCUGAGAUUGUUGAGGCGUCUCGCAUCCAGCUUCCUACAUGUUCGGAGAUGCAAUGUCACAGUUCUGAUCAGGUUUUGUUACCAAAAGAGACAUUUUCUGGUGAAUUUUGCCUUCCUUGUCUUGGAGAGGCGUCUUAUAGUUCAUGUCUGGAAGAUUUGAAUUCUACACAUAUUUUGUUGGAUGAAGUAAGUUCAGUGGCAAAUCCUUUACUGGAGCCACAGCCUGAGGAAGUGCCCUCUGACAUUAAAACUAAUUCUAAUUUGGCAGACAAUGUUGGGGGAAAAUGUUUGGAUGAUUCUUCAGAAGUCAUUUUCACUGAUUCUUCUGAGAAACAGGUUUCUUUGAUAACUCUUUCUACUGAAAGUCAGCCGAUAGAUGAGUUGGACAGAGGAGACACAACUGUCUUUUCUGAUGCUUUGCCACAUUUAUUGAACCUAUUACAGGUUAAUCCUGAAGAGAGAAGUGGCAAUGAUCAUUUAGAUGAAGUUCCUAAAACAGAUUUUGCUGGAGAAAUUUGUGCUGAAAAUUCAGUCAACCAAACAAUUGGUUCACCAACAGAGGAGCAGCACCUUUGUUCAACCUUGGCAGAUGGAGAAAGAAGUUCAAACAGUAUCCUAUCACCUGAAUGUUUGGAUGUUAUGAAGCCCAUCAAUUCAGCUUCUGAGGUCAGUGAUGCUACUGUAGAAGGGGAUCUCAAAUUGGAGCAAAUAACUCCUAUGGUGGAUACUUCACACAUUUGUUCCUUUAAUGAACAGAAAUUUUCAGACAUAUUACAUGAUGAUCCAAAACUUGAGGCUGACCUAAUGGAGAUAGGAGCUUCAUAUUCUGAGCAGCAACAAAAUGUUGAUGAACUUUUUGAUGCUACAGAGGGAGAAGAAACUAGGGAACUCAUCUGCAGUGCAAAUGUGGUGGAAGAAGAUGCUAUCCCUUGUGAUCCACUAUAUGAUUACACUGAUACUUUGAACCUCAAGGAUCAUGUGGAUUUUGAUGAUCUGGCAACUGAACAUGUUCAUCCUGAAAGUAUUGCAGUACCGGCUGCUGCUCAUGGUUCUGCAGACUUUGGUGAUGGAGAUCCAUGUCAAGAAGGAUUGGAAUCUAAUGAGGUUGUUUCUCAAGAAUGUCUUACAGAGUUAGAGACUCAAGAAGAAACCAAUCAAGUGGUAGGUACUCCAUCGGACAUAGAUUCCACUUCAUGCAAAUCAGUCUCAUAUGGCAAUUUCAAUUUAGAAGAUGAUAUCCACUAUUCAUCUCUGGCUCAACCAACCAAAGAUAGUUUAAGUUUCGUUGAUUUAACCACUACACCAGCUUCUUCAGAAUUCAGUGAUAAAGAAUCAGAGCCGAAAUAUUUGAGUAAUCCAAUGGAAAGUAGGGAAGACAUGGUGUCUUCACAUACCCAUCACCAAUUAGAAAAACAAAGUUCUUCAGAACCGUCAUUAGACAUCCAUACUUAUCAACAUGAUGUGGAAAGGCUGCACAUAGUUGAAGAUAGUUCAAAACGGAUGCAAUCUUUAGAUCAGGAACAAUGCUUGCAAACUUCUUUUGAACCUUCCAAAGAAGUGUAUUCAAGUGAACCUUUGUCAGAUUUUUCAGAACAAUCAGGUAGGCAGGAUGAACAAGAAAGUAGUCAAUAUGAUCUUGUUCAUCCUGCCUUUGGCCUGCAACCUGAGGCAACUAAAGCUAUCAUGGAGGAAAUGCCACCAUUGCCGCCUCUUCCUCCAAUGCAGUGGAGGAUAGGGAGAGUUCAACAUGUUUCUACGGCUCCUCAAAGGGAAUUGGUAGAACAUGGUCUGCGGUCAUUCCCAAUGAUGCCACAAUCUGGAACUGGUGAGGAAACUCAAAUUGAUUUACCAACAUUGGAGCAGGGUUUUGAACAAUCCAGAAACCCAUUAUUACCCCUUGUGGAUGGUGAAGAGAGGUCUGGUAAUGUGUCUGAUCAAUUGGCAGCUGAUUUCAUGCAACCAAGUCCUUUCUCUAUGCAUCUGGCAACUAUGGAUAGCAACGGUAAUAGCCAAUACGGUGGUAUCUGUUCCGAUAGAGCACACUCAAAUCCAUUUUUAACAUUACCCACAACAUCUAAUGAAAACCUUGAAUAUGGUUCUCUUGCUAUUGAGGGUGAAAGGGUAGAAUCCAGUUUCUCAUUGCCCAUGCCACCUACUGAUGCAACCUGUGGACAUAUCCCUGUAUCUUUGAAUGAGAAAGAAGCAAACUGUCCUAGCCAGUUUGUACUGGAUACAAGUUCAGAAGGUAGGCCAUCUCAGGAUCCUAAACAAAAUUUUGAUCAAGAACAUGGGAAUCCUCAUGAUGUAUCUGUGCCCAUACCAACUAAGAAAGAGGAGCAGGUUCCAACCAAGGUAGCAGAGGAUCUUCCUACCAAAGUAGAGGAGCAGUUUCCAACCAAGGUAGAUGAGCAUCCUCAGCAUGGUUUGGAAGCUUCUGAGGGAGAAAAGGUGCAGAUAUCAAAUGCCAUCGUUCAACAUGGCUUGGCAGCCACAGAUGGAGAAACUUCACAGUUAACAAAUACAACUCUAGAGCAUGAUUUGCCAACUUCAGAGGGAGAGGCAGCAUGUCCAUCAAAUACGCUUGGUUUAAUACAAGUUUCUGAAGAAGGCAACUCAAAUGGGAAUCCACCUGUUAAACUUCCUCGACCUCGCAAUCCUCUCAUUGAUGCUGUUGCUGCUCAUGACAAAAGCAAGAUGAAAAAGGCAACCGAGCGGAUUCGACCUCCAACCAUUCCUAAGGUAGAUGAGAGAGAUUCAUUGCUGGAACAGAUACGAACCAAGUCAUUCAACUUGAAGCCUGCAGCCAUGACCAGACCUAGUGUUCAGGGUCCUAAAACCAACAUAAGGGUUGCAGCAAUCUUGGAGAAAGCAAAUGCAAUUCGCCAGGCAUUGGCUGGAAGUGAUGAUGAUGAUGAUGAUGAAGAUGGUUGGAGUGAUUCUUGAAAGGACUUACAUGGUGACAGACUCUUAGAGGUUACUUGGUUAAAAUGUUUAAUCAAAUAGUAAAUUUUCCAUCACAGUGAAUAGGAAAUAUGUUUGGUAUGGUGACUGGUGUAUUCUUUGCCUCAAAAUUGUCAUUCUGUUGGUGUAUAAUAUUCUGCUCAUUCCCGUGUAUCUCACUUACACAAUGAAGACUUUUAGUCACUGGCACCAGGCCCUGCUAUAUAUAUAAUGCUUAUACAAGGAAGAGUUUCAACAUCCAUGGCUGAGCCUGUAGAAGUAUUGGCUGCGCCUAAUGAAAUUCUGUUUCUUUUCAUUAUUCUUACCAAUAUUUUCUGAAUAAAUAUGUUGAAGAAA